AUGGAAAAGAAAAAAGCGAGAAAAAGCAGGAAGAAAAAGUCUAUUUUAAAUGGUAAGAAAGGAAAAGAGGAGUUGAAUUCAGAGGGAAGCAAGUGUAGUACAGCUGUUCAGAAUAGUCAAAAAGCGACAGAAGAAAUUACCGAAGCAGAAGCUAAACAAAAUGAUAAUGAAUUCAGUGAUGAAACUAAAUUAUCGAACGAAGCUGAGGUCUUGCAUUUUGUGUUAACAAACAGUUAUGCUGAUAAUGAUGAUCAAACAUGUCUACAGGAAAUUGAGGAAGCAGAAAUUCACCACCAAGAAAAAUGUUCCUCUCCAUCAUUUCCUAACUGUGUUGCCAUUUCAUCAGAUGAAAACGAUAAAGGGAAAAGAGAUUUGGUGGGAAACAAUUGGAUGAUUGAAGGAACUUCUCAAGAGAGAAAUGUGAAUGAAAAUAAUUCCAAAUCAAAUUUAAUCGAAAUACAUGAUGAAAUGAAGAGUAUUAAAGCUUCUGAAACUGCAAACAGUUCGGAAACUGAAACAAUAGAUUUUGAAAAAAGUAAUUCAUCAGAUGUUCGUGAUGAAACUACCUCAAAUAUAGCAGAGUCGCUAGUUACUGAUGAUCUGCGAACAACUGACCAAAAUACUCCAAAAAUACAUAAUGUAGAAAAUAUACAAUAUACAAAAGUUUCGGAAACACAAAUACCAGAAAUAUUGAGUGUGGAAAUACCGAAAGUGGAUUUUUUAGCUAAUCGAAAUUCCAACAACAUGGACGAAGAAUUAGGAGAAAAGGAUAGAAAUUUGAAUACCAUCACCAAUAAAACGGAAGAUGAUGUAGUCGAAAGGACUCUCAAACAUACAAGUAGCAUAAACAUUCAAGACUCGAGAACGGGUAUUGUCGUAGACACCACAAAAACUGAAGCCAAGAUUGAAGUGAGUGAUUUUGCUGUUGGCAAUCAGAAUGUUGAUGCGGAAAAUACGGAAAAAAUUGAGCAACCUGAAUCACAAGAAGUCGAAGAAAGGAAUGGAAACACAAAAGAAUCAGAAAAAGAUGAAUUUGAGGCGUCUGCAGAUGUGGUGAAUCUGUCAGUAUCCUGCACUACUGAAUCGCUGCGACAGACUGAUAAGUCUCUUAUUCCGGAUGAAGUGGGAAGAUCAGCAGAAGAUCCUGUCGUCCGAAAUGAAGUAAUAAGUGAGACACUUAUUGAUGAUGGCACCCAAAAACUAAGUUCUCCGGAAAUUCCAGAAGAAAGCAGUGAACGAAUCGAUAGCACUGAACCAGUAACAAUCAAUUGGCAACAUGAUUCAGGAAAAGAGUCUCAAGCUAAGGAAAAUUUAUCAGAAAAUGAAUCCAAAAUUAUCUACGACAUAGAACUACUGAAAAAUUCUGAGGAAUCAAAUAGUGGUGAAACAGUACAACCGAAAAAUAAAUUCUAUGAAGCUAUAGCCGGUUUUUGGAAGCAUGCUGGAUUCACCAAAAAACGUCCCGAAACUACUGUAUCAUCUGAACAGUCAAGGAAUUUGUCUUCAGAAUUAAAACAGAUGUCCUCAAUUCAUUCCAGUAAAACUUCCUUAACGGAAUCAUCUACGGAAUCAUUGGGGACACUUAUGCCUUCUUCUGAACUUAUUAAAUUUUCCGAAAUUUCUUCCGAACCCACUACGAAAGUUACUGUUCCUCAUUCUGAAGCUAACGUUAUUUCGUCAUUCCUGAUAAACACAGCAGCAGACACAAUUUCUGGUUGUUGUCCGCAAAAAACUUUGCUUGACAAUCAAUCACUGAGAAAUUCACUUAAUAUAACUGCAGAUAACUUAAAUCCUGAUACCAUUUCGGAAGCUUUGCAAGUAGUAACACCAGAUUCAUUAAAUAUCACUGAUGAAACCAUCAAUGAUAUGGAUGAUUCGUCUGAGAAAAUGGAAGAUUCAAAAAAGUACAAGAAAGGGAAGGCCGAAUCCAGAAGCGUUUUUGGUCAUAAGGUAUAUUUUUUACUUUUUUCCACUAAAUUUAGCUUUCUUUCCAUUGUAAAAGUAAUUUAUCAUACUAUCCAUUCCAGAACCCUAUUCCUUGAAAGGAACACAAUAGCUAUAACUAUUCCAGUCUAA